GGGGAGCCGAAGGCUUCCUUUGGUUUCCGGGCACUGUACCCUUCCAACUGCUCAAGCCAAGGAGAGAGGGGUCUUCUUCUCCCAAUCUCGAAGCAAGGAGGACCAGUAACCGAUCGAGGGAGAGAGAGCCAGAACCUGCUUUAUGCUAUCUUGAUCCUUCUAGAUUGUUCUGGUGCCUCGAUUCGGCUCAAACCCGUCGAUCUGGGGGCGGAAGAUUGCGGCUUUAGAUUCUGCUGGGCUUUAAUUUGGACCGAUUUCGAUUUCUGGGUGGUGGGUGGGAUCGAGUUUGUUGGAUUGUAGAGAAGAGGAAAGAAGAAAAGAGGUAAAAAGGAGCGUCCUUGAUCGUUCUCUGAACCCUUCUAUCUCGGAGGAAGAAAGGACCCUCUGGAAUGGAGUGAAUGGUCUUUUUCUGCUUGAUCUGUGCCUUAUAAUGCUUUCCUGUGUCUGAACUUUGUCGUUUUGGAUGUGGAUUUUUCUGAAAAACUGUGUAUGUAGGCAAGAACCAGUAUCGAUUCACUUAUUGUGGAAAUUGGCUUGAGGAUGGACAGCCAAUUGCUUGAGAAAUCUGAAGGUUAAGGCUGUUCGGAACUGAUGAGGAUCCUUUGCUCUUGAAUUGGAGAACAUUUGGCAUUAUAAAAGCAUUUUUUUUUUCCUGUAGGAGAAUUUAAGGUGUCAAAGUUGUCCUUUUUCUUAGUUUGGUUGCCUUAUUCUAGCUAUGAUUAAGCAAAUAUUAGGGCGUCUCCCUCGGAAGCCAUCAAAAUCUGCAGAUAAUCGGGGUCAGAGUGGUGGAUCAGCUAAUUCAUUGUCAAAUUCUUCUACCAGUUCAAGAAGCAGUGAUUUGUCGGGUCUGAACAGUCAGGUCCUUCCUGGCUUGAAUCAGGGGUUAAAUCAUGGUAGCAAACACCCUCCAGCAUUUAACUCGAAGCUGAAUGGCAGUUCAGUCUCCCUGUCUUAUGAAGCAUUACCAAGCUUUAGGGAUGUCCCAAACUCUGAAAAGCAGAAUUUAUUUAUCAAAAAGUUGAAUUUGUGUUGUGUUGUGUUUAACUUCACUGACCCAACAAAGAAUCUGAAAGAGAAGGAUAUAAAGCGGCAGACAUUGUUGGAGCUUGUUGACUAUGUCACUUCGGCUAAUGGGAAAUUUCCUGAGAACCUCAUGCAAGAUAUCAUCAGAAUGGUAUCAAUAAACUUGUUCAGGAGCCUCACUUCGCCUCCCAGAGAGAAUAAGGUUUUGGAAGCCUUUGAUUUGGAAGAGGAAGAGCCAGUAAUGGAGCCAGCAUGGCCACACUUGCAAAUUGUUUAUGAGUUCUUUUUAAGGUUUGUUGCAUCUCCUGAGACCGAUGCCAAGUUGGCUAAAAGAUACGUAGAUCAUUCCUUUAUUCUUAGGCUACUUGAUCUCUUUGACUCUGAAGACCCUAGAGAGAGGGAGUACUUGAAGACAAUACUUCACCGCAUUUAUGGAAAAUUUAUGGUGCACCGCCCGUUCAUCAGGAAAAGUAUUAACAAUAUUUUCUAUCGGUUUAUCUUUGAAACAGAAAAGUUCAAUGGGAUUGCAGAGCUCUUGGAGAUCUUGGGAAGUAUUAUCAAUGGAUUUGCUUUGCCACUGAAAGAAGAGCAUAAAUUGUUCCUUGUUCGAGCAUUAAUCCCACUUCACAAGCCAAAGUGCAUAGCUAUGUACCAUCAACAGUUAUCAUACUGCAUCACUCAGUUUGUUGAGAAGGACUGCAAGCUUGCGGAUACUGUUAUAAGGGGUCUGUUGAAAUACUGGCCCAUCACAAAUAGUUCAAAAGAAGUAAUGUUCUUGGGGGAGUUGGAGGAGGUUCUAGAGGCAACUCAGCCUGCAGAAUUUCAGCGAUGUAUGGUUCCACUCUUCUGCCAGAUCGCCUGCUGCUUGAGUAGUUCUCACUUUCAGGUUGCAGAGAGAUCAUUAUUUUUGUGGAACAAUGAUCAUAUUGAAAGCUUAAUCAAACAAAACCGUAAUGUGAUCUUACCAAUCAUCUACCCUGCAUUAGAGAGAAAUGCGAAGUCCCACUGGAAUCAAGCAGUUCAGAGCCUCACGUUGAAUGUUCGUAAGAUAUUCUCUGAUCAUGAUCCUGAGCUAUUUGCAGAGUGUUUAAAGAAGUUUGAGGAAGAUGAAGCGAAAGAAAAGGAGAUCAAAUCAAAACGUGAAGCCACAUGGAAGCGCCUAGAAGAAAUUGCGACUUCGAGAGCUGCAAAUAAUGAGGCUGUUCUUGUUCCUCGUAUCAUGCCCCGUCAAGUUUCUUCUCGUUGACACCAUGUCAAUUUGGUAGCUCAGUAUACUCUCAAUCAUUUGACUGGAUUAUGAUCGUGGAAAUGGGUAUAUUGAUCCCUCAUGGAUUGUUGCUCACCUUUUGCUUCUGGAUUGUUUGGGUUGUCAGGUCCUCGGAGAUCCAUUAACACUGUACAGGGUUAAACUGUAUAUAGGAGUAACGAAAGACAUGAAGCAACAAAAAUGCCAAAAACCUCUUGAAACUGCUCGACAACCACAGUAGAACAGAACGCAACCCAUCAGUUCCGUCAUUCUGCUCGAUAUGUGAAAGAGUUAUUAUCUUCCAAAUAUGCAGAUGUCUACUUUACCUUCUUUUCAGAUUCUGGUUAUGAUUUGUUGGAAUAUUUCUGCGAGCAGUUCUCAUUUGUUGUUGGUUGUCCUUUUUACGAAAAAUUGAUGGUUGAUGAAUGAAACUUUUUUCACAUGACUCAUGAAUACAAUUAUUCUCACUUCUUUC